CUACAAAAGUGCGGGAAGUUGAAAUUGAAAAUAGAAAAGAAAGUCUGACCAAAUAAUUGGACAAAAUGACUGUUGAAGACUUGUAUAUGGACAACAUUGAUGAAUACAUCAAAGAUGAAAAUAAAAUUGUAACUUACAAAUGGCUUAGUCAAACAUUACAAGUGCAUUGUAAUACAGCUAAACAGAUGCUGUAUAAGUACAUUGAUACUGAGAGAAAUGAGAAGGGGGCAGAUGGAUUAAAUGUUACUUAUUUUGUUUCUGGACUGACAAAACCUGAUGCCAGUGGUGAACAGAUGUUUAAGUGUACGGUUGUGCCCGAGGAGAAACUAGAGGUGUGUAAGACAACAUUGGCUAUACUGACCAGCUGCCAUGUAUACAGUGUGCAGAAAUCUAAAUUGAAGGAUUCCAAUGCCUUGUAUAUGACAGACUUUGCCAAAUUUAAGGAGAAUGUGUUUGACUCCAACAAAUUUAGCAGUAUACAGUGUGAGAGAGCAGAAUUAAGAUCAGAGGAUGAUAUGAACCUACUGUCAGUUAACUAUACAUCUUCAGAACCAGAAAAGAAAACAACUGUCGCCAAUGGCAGUACUUCAUCAAAAGCAGCAGGAAAGAAGCAACCCCAGUCGGCCAUUGCCAGUAUGUUUGCUAAAUCUGAUGCUGGAAAAAAAGGUAGUAAAACAGACGAUAAACCACAGGUAAAGGAAGAGCCAAAGACCACAGCAAAGACUGGAGGUAAAGCAGGCAACAAGAAAGCUGAUGGCAUGAUGGCAUUCUUCUCUAAACAAACAGAUAAAAAAGCUUCAGCUGUAAAAGAGACAGAAAAGAAAGUUACCACCUCAAAAUCACCAGAGAAAAAGAAGUCUCCAGUAAAAACUGAAACAAAAUCAAAGAAAACUGCAAGAGAGGAAGAUUCAGAUGAAGAGAUAGGGCGACCAAAGAGACGUAGAACAAGGCAGGAUUUGUUUGACAGCGACAGUGAGGAAGAAAUGGAAGAAGAGCCGGAAAGCCCUAUUCCCCCUACUCCACCGCCAAGAGAGAUCACUCCAGAACCAGAAAUUAAAGCCGACUCUCCAGAGGUGGAGGAAAUAGAGAAUCCUGUACCAGAGAAGAUUUCUAAAAGUGAAGAGUCAACAAAGGGAGAUAAUUCUGGAAAAAGGAAAAGAAUUAAGAAGAGGAAGCAAGUGAACAAAACAUAUAUGGAUAAAGAUGGAUUUAUGGUUACAGAGAAGGUGUAUAAGGAAGAAUCGACUGAUGCCUCAGAAGCAGAAGAACCGGUUAAGAAAGAAGUAAAGAAAACAACACCUUCUAAGUCACCGCCAAAGGGUAAGAAGUCUCCAAAGAAAACGUCACCAGGGAAGAAGGGCCAGGCAAGUGGAAAACAGACAUCUCUCAUGUCAUUCUUCAAAAAAUCUUAAUAUAUAUAUAAUCUGUGUAUCUAGUGCUGGUGAACCUGUCUUAUCAAAAGCCUCGGAACCAAAUGAAAAGUUUAAUUUAUAAGGGACAAGGACAAUGUUUGAGAUGCUUCCUUUACAUGGGAUCUACUUUAAAUGGUUUCAUUGUAUGCAGCUUUGACUUUCCUUGAAAUUGAAACAUGAAAUUUAAAGGAAAGUGAAAUAAUGGAAAUUUGUUUAGGUGUUGUGAAAAGGACUCGUCAUUGAACGCAUUUGUUGUACAAGAAGUAAACGUAGAAAAUUGGUCAUAAGUAUUAAUUAAGUAAUAUGUUACAAAAAUGCAUAGUAAUAAAAUUGUUAAAAGAUU